UGCCAGAAUGGGGAAGAAAUGUGAUCUAAGUGACUUUGCCCAUGGAAUGAUUGUUAGUGCCAGACAUGGUGGUUUGAGUAUGUCAGAAACUGCUGAUCUGGGAUUUUUAUGCUCAACAAUCUCUAGAAGACAUCUGGACUUUUUCCUCGUUUGUCGGCGGUCACGUGAUUCCUCGAAAACUAUACAACCCUCCAAGCGGGUCUUCAGGGACAACUGAGUUGCUUCUCGAUACACGGCUCGAAGCCUCGGUAUCAUUCGUAACAUCAUUGGAGAAUACUCCAGUUGUCGAGUUGCGUUUCCGUGUUUGGAUUGUAUAAAGAUUCAACGCAAUGGGGAAACUGAUGGUUUACUUCAAGAGUGUUAUUCUCUUUUUCUAUAUGCUUAUGAUGACGGUGGCUGUCCGAAUUUGUCGGAUUUUUGCACCUGGACUAGCGAAGAGAAUUAUGCUGAAGUUUGGCGAAAAAUCAACUAUGAUCCAAAAUCCAAAGUUCAAGUAUGAAGACUGGGGACCUACAUUUGCUACGUUGGCUUCUGCAAAAGCGGUUUUUAGACGAUUAUGGCUUUCUCUCGGAGACGAAGCGUUUGUUGGAAAGCGAGCACCAGACACUCCGGUUGUCAACUUAGAGGGCAGAAAGCGGCGAUUACACGAUUUUUUUAAAGAGAACAGACCCCUGGUAUUAAGCUUUGGAAGUUGUACCUGACCUCCGUUUCUCUUCAAGCUGGAUGAAUUCAAACAGCUUGUCAAGGACUUCGGUGCUGUGGCAGAUUUUCUUGUAGUGUACAUUGCUGAGGCACAUGCAACAGAUGGCUGGUCUUUUACGAACAACGUUGACAUAAAAACGCACAGAAACCUUCAGGAACGUUUAGCUGCAGCUCAGGUCCUAGUGAAGGAAAACCUCCUCUGUCCGGUCGUGGUGGAUGAAAUGACUGACAUUACAACAUCAAGAUAUGGAGCUUUACCAGAAAGACUCUACGUGCUGCAGUCAGGAAAGGUGAUCUAUAAGGGUGAGGUGGGUCCUUGGGGUUAUAAUCCUGAGGAGGUGCGGAAAGUUCUGGAAAAGAUCAACUAGAAUCAGCUUGCAGCAGAACAAUUGCAGAAGCCAUCCUUUAUAUGUCAUUGUUCCAAGGUUCCACAUAAUAUGUGACCUCUUUCAUGUUUUUUUUGACGAUUACAGAUCAAACCCAUGGCCUCUGUAUUCUGAUUUGUUGAAAUGUGAAAUAAAGUGUCACAGUACUGUACUAUUAAUCACUUCAGUUGGAGAUGUAGAAUGUAUAUGCAUAUUAAGAGGCAUUUGAAUUCAAUUAUGGUGUAAAAUAUGACUCAUGUAAAUGUAAUCACAUAUAAGCAGAUUUAAAAUGGGGUAUUUGCCAUUUUGAUGACCUCUUUCAUAUUUAUUUUUGACGAUUACAGAUCAAACCCUUGGCUUCUGUCAUCUGAUGUGGAAAUAUGAAAAGAAGUGUCACCAUAUUGGUUCCAAUAUCAACCACAUUAAUUUUCAUUUGUAAAACCUUUGUUGUGCACAUUGAGAGACAUUGAAAUGUAAUGUUUG